AUGGAUCCCGCGGUUCAGCGUUUACUGACCGACAAGCUCUAUGAUAGACGAAAACAAGGUGCUCUUGAGCUUGAGCGUUUUGUCAGAGAAGCUAGCGCCGCCAAAGACCAUGACAAGAUCCGAAAGACCAUCGACCAAUUAUGCCACGAUUAUGCCUAUGCUGUCCAUCUGCCUCAUGCUCGCAAUGGAGGUUUGAUCGGACUGGCGGCUGCUUCAAUCGCCCUUGGCUCGGAUGAGGUUGCUCGGUACCUGCAAGUGAUCGUCCCACCGGUUUUGGCAUGCUUUACCGAUCAAGACGCCCGUGUACGUUACUAUGCCUGCGAGGCUUUGUACAAUAUUGCCAAAGUAGCAAAGGGCGAGAUUCUGGUCUUCUUCAAUGACAUUUUCGAUGCACUCUGCAAGCUUGCCGCCGACUCUGAACUCUCCGUGAAGAAUGGGGCGGAACUCCUAGACCGUCUCAUUAAAGACAUUGUCUCCGAGUCUGCGGCUUCAUAUGUCUCGAUCCUGAAUUUCACCGACGAAGAUGGUGAACCUGUCGAAAUUGACAAGGAAAGCUCCGAGUUUCCUACGACCUUCUCACUCGCCAAAUUCAUUCCCCUUCUCGAAGAACGUAUUCACGUCCUCAACCCCUUUACUCGAACCUUUUUGGUGUCAUGGCUUACCCUUCUUGAUACCAUUCCGGAUUUGGAACUUGUACACUAUUUACCUGCAUUUCUUGGAGGACUGUUCAAAUUUCUCGGUGAUUCGAACCGUGACGUCUACGUGGCAACGCAAGGCUUGCUCGAACGAUUCCUUGGCGAGAUCAAAAAGAUUGCCAAAAUCAAACGACGUAUUGCCGAACGUCGCAGAAGUCGGGCUAGCCACCUUAAACCUGCUCCCAACAGCCAGCCGGAUAGUACCACGGCCCGUGGCAGUGCCUCAAAUGAUAAUGCUAUUGAUGACACGGAAUCUGGAACGGGUCAGGACGAUCCAAAUGGAGUGGAGGAAAAUGACGGUGAUUGGAUACCCGGACAGGACGUUCAGGUGGAUCAUGCCCAAAUUCUCGACAUUCUCCUAAAGUUUGUGGACGUUUCAUCCAAAGAGGAGAUUGGCAUUGUCGCACUACGAUGGAUCGACAGUUUCUUCGAAAUCAGUCCCGAGGAAAUUUUGCAAUUUGUUCCUCGCCUUUUGUCUAGGGUAUUGCCAGCGUUGUCGGCACAGUCAGAACAAGUCAGAACAACGGCAAGCAAAGUAAACAGGUCGCUGAUGGAUUACAUCGUCACAUUCCAGGAUGAGGUGUCGACUGACGACACCAGCGCCAAGGCUCCCGGCACUCCCGCCCUGAUAUCUGCUCGGGAUGGUGAAGCUCCAGAGAAACGACAGUCCGGAACCACAGCAAAAAGUAUUCCAGUUCCAUCAUCAAGUCAGAAUGAUGUCCCUCCCGAAGCAUCUGCGGAGUUGGAGACAUCUCCUGCAGAAGUGACUCCGAGGUCCACCACGGCCCCUUCACCACAACCGAUCGCUGAUCUCGACUACGCGGCCGCCGUGAAUGCAUUGACUCUGCAGUUCCUGAACGAACAUGAAGAGACUCGAGUGGCAGCAUUGAGCUGGUUAAUCAUGCUGCACCGAAAAGCUCCGAAGAAGGUCCUCGCGUUCAACGACGGGACGUUCCCAGCUCUCCUAAAGACACUCUCCGACCCGGCUGAGGCGGUCGUCACGAGAGACUUGCAACUUCUGUCCCAAAUCUCCAAGAACAGCGAAGACGGCUAUUUCACAUCGUUCAUGGUGGCCUUGCUCCAGCUGUUCUCCACGGACCGAAAGCUUCUCGAAAUCCGGGGUAACUUGAUUAUUCGCCAGUUGUGCAUUAAUCUCCAGCCAGAACGGAUCUACAGAACGCUGGCCGACUGCAUCGAGAAGGACGAGGACAUCGAAUUCGCCAGCAUCAUGGUCCAGAAUUUGAACAACAAUCUCAUCACCGCACCAGAACUGGCCGAGCUGAGAAAAUCUCUCCGAAACCCCGAAAGCAAAGACGGCCAGACGUUCUUUGUCGCCCUGUUCCGUGCCUGGUGCUAUAAUGCAGUCGCCACAUUCUCCUUGUGCCUCUUAGCCCAAGCUUACGAGCAGGCUUAUAACCUAUUACAGAUAUUCGCGGAUUUGGAGAUGACGGUCAAUAUGCUCAUUCAGAUUGACAAGUUGGUUCAAUUACUCGAGAGUCCGGUCUUUACCUAUCUACGCCUCCAACUCCUCGAGCCCGACCGAUACCCAUACUUGUACAAAUGUCUGUACGGGCUCUUGAUGCUACUUCCACAAUCCUCUGCCUUUGGCGCGUUGAAGAAUCGUCUCAACAGCGUCUCAGCAAUAGGAUUGCUCCAUACACCUGCCUCGAUGCCUACGCCUGCAAGACCAUCCAUGGUAACCGGGAUGACACCGUCCAACAUCCCGCCCACCUCCAGCACAGCCGUCGCAGGCCGUCUCAACCGCACACGUGACGCCAGCUCCUCAGCCAACGAAAUCAAAUGGCCCGAACUCCUCGAAAAAUUCAAACAGACACAAGAGAAAGCGCGCCGACGUAAUGAACGCCUUCUACGCGGAGCCGAUGCCGAUCCCUCCUCCGCGGGCGGGCCGGUGACAAGGGGUCUACUCGAUGGCGCCGAAGGCGGACGAUCCAGCCGUGCCAGUCUCCAUGACGAGGCCGAUCGCAAAGGCGGCCUCAGGGCCGGCAGCGGGCUGGGACGUCCUUCGCACGGCCACACUGCUGGCUCGGGCCUGGUCAAAGCGGGCAGUGGAUUGACUAUUCCCGGCGCCGCGGGGGGAGGAGGGUCUGGUGCAGGUACAGGAGGUGGCGCCGGGGGAGAUAGACCUGCCCCUCAUAAGCGCGGACAUGGUCUGGCGGGCGGCUUUGGCAAGUUUGCUAGUGGCAUUGCAAGGGCAGGGAGUAGUCGAGAUCGAGAGAAGGGAAAGAAAUCGUGGUGA